AUGGAGGAAACAUCUGCAUUUUUCCUUGCCUGGUCCAUUGCUAUAGCUUUGGGGAUCCAUUUCAUUGUAAUGGUAAUGAUAUGCAGUGCCACGAUCAUAAAUUCAUUUUUCAACCAAGGAGCUCCAAUUUCUUUGAAAAAAAGUUACUGUGGGCCAUGUCCUCAAAACUGCUGUUAUAGAAAGAACUGCUACCAGUUUUUUAAUGAAAGCAAAAGUUGGUACCAGAGUCAGGCUUCAUGUAUGUCUCAAAAUUCCAGUCUCCUUAAGAUACACAGUAGAGAGGACCAGGAUUUCUUUAAAUUGGUGAAAUCAUAUCAUUGGAUGGGACUAGUAAAAGUUCCAACAAAUGGAACCUGGCAAUGGGAAGAUGGCUCCAUUCUUUCACCUAGCCAGUAAGUCUCUGUACCAAUAAGUCUCUAUUUGUAGAUUUAAGGCAUUCUUAUGAUUAUUCAAGUAUCACACUUUCCUUCAUGCAAUUCCAGGAUGUUCCCACAUCCUAAUAGAUUCAGAAAAAAUAUCUUAAAGCCUA